CAAUGGCAUGGUGCUCUGUAACAAUGUUAAUGUUACAGCUGAGUGUGACAGGAGCAGAGACAGUGUACGGGAAGGAUUCAAGACAGUUCUGAAGUGACUGCCUCAUCAACACAGGCUUUUUCUGAAAUCCACAAUCAUCAGCAUGUCUACACUCUUCCUGUCAGAGCAGCACUCGCCUGAAAGCAAUAUCAACAUGGCAGAUGACCCAAAAUCAAAUAGACCCCGGGCAGGACAGAAGAGGCUCGGUACAGUGCGUCAUGGCUCUAAUGCAGACCUGGAGUAUGACUUUUACAGAGAAAAUUUUACAGACAGACUAUGUGACUCUCCCCUGCUGUCUCCACCUACUCAAGCUGUCAUUCCAGUCAAAAGGCUGCAAAUCACACAACCCACAUCUCGUAAAGUCAAGAGUUCCUGCAGUUCCAAAGGCAGUGCAGGAGCCAGAAUGAAACUGAAACCUGAUGAACUGCAGCUGAUCAAAACAGAGCUGACUCAGAUCAAAACACAGAUCGAUGGCUUGCUGGACAACCUGGACAAAAUGGACCAAGAGCAGCAGCAACUACAGAAGAGGGUACCAGCAGAAUCAAAAAACUGCAAUGGAAGAACAGAAGUCACUUGUGAACUAAACUCGUACAGUUCAGGAGAAUUCAUAAACAGUCACAAUGACUAUCUAAUCGAAUCAGGUGAAACAGCCACAAGCAGUGAGGAAGACUAUCAUACAGAAGACUCGGACACAGAGAGAGCGGUAAGAAGGUACCAGACAGAUCCAAAUGAUACACAGUAGAAGAUUUAGAAGCAGAACAUUGGCAUAGCUAUCUGAAAGUCAACUGGAGUUGUAUAAAAAGGAAACUGAAGGAAGCAGAUAAAUGAGAUGAAAUCUGAAUGCCACAGAUAAACCGAUGUCAGUCUUUAAACCUUACCGGCAUCUUGUUUACCAAUUAAUUAGCUUAUGGGAAUCGAGAUAUCAAGCUACUUUACCCUGGAGAUCCCAAUCGAUCUUCCAUGGAUACAAUGGAUAAGAAGUGCACAUUUAAUCAUGACUUUAUGUCUUUCAUUAAACGAUGUUCUAAACACUGCACCAUUGCAGAAGACUCACCAUGAAAAUGAUUCUUCCAUGCUGAAAACAGAUUCAAUUCAGACAAUCAACUUACUGGAUAAAUUCACAGAAGUCACCCCUUUCAGAAGAAAUUAAGCUAUAACCAGCACCUCAACAAAAGCAAAUCAUAUGGGCUAAAAUUAACCACAUUUAAAGAGAAAAAUUAAAUCCAAUUAUUCCAACAGAAAAACUGGAACUUUUAUAUGCGUAAAUGCAAAGUACAUUCUGCACCUGCAUGAGCCACCACCGAGACUGGUAAUUCCUGAUUUACUUCACAGUGGCACUACUUUAAAAUCUGACCUCUACAAACCAUCUUAUAGACAUACUGUCCUAAGCAAAGUGGCCAAUUCACUCCAGUGAUAACUUCCUCAUAAAUUCACACUGACUACGUGUCUAGUCCUGGUGACCAGAGAUUUCAGACAUCACUUGCAUAAUCAGCCUCAGAUAUUUCAAACCUCCAUAACAAAUUCUCUUCACAACAAGCCAUUCUGGCAUGUUUUUAGUGUGACUUUCCCCAUACUGCCCCUUCUUAUACAAGUCUUAGGAGAGACAUGCACACUAGGAUUUCAGAUCAUUCACUUCACAAGUCAAGGGAGUAACUACAGCAAGUGUUCUGGCAAUCUGCUGUUUUUGUUUUAACAACUUUGUUAAUUGAUAUUUAACAGCAGUGCUAAAUUUUAUCAUCAGUCUGACAGCAUAGAGGGAUAAAGCUAUGGUUAUGGUACAUAUUAUCCAGAAUCAAAGACCUGUUUGAGCAUGUGAUAAAUUUGGCAGGGAGGAUGGGUGUGUCCAUUCAGGGAGGGGACAGCAUACUCAGUGGGCAGACCUCUCAUUAAGCCCUGAUGGAGGCCAGAAUUGACGGAUAUCAUCUGGCUGAGUGUAUAGGAAGGUAAGGAGAGCAUUGCUACUCAAGGACCCAUGGCAGUCCUUCUGGGCCACACCUUAGUGCCCAACCAGGUUAAGAUGACCCCUGUGGGGCCUAGGAAAACACCCUGGCGUACCUGUUGGUAUAUGUGAUGCUGCUAGCUCUAGCUCUGCUGUGUCUCUGGUAGUUUGUGAAGGAGAUCUCAUGUUUGGGUAGGGCAAUACCAGAAGUAAGUGAUAUUUCCCAGUCCCCUUCCACUCCAUCAGGUGGGUGAUAGCAAGGAAGUUGGGAGUCAUUAGCUGGACAGAUAAGCAAAUGAUGGGCACCAGGGAAUGGUAUGGAAAAAAAAACAUUUACUUUACAACAGAAAUAUGACUGAAUUAACAGUUUUCAAUUUUUUAAUGGUCUGAGUAGCAAAGAACUACAAUUUAUUCUUCACUCUAAGUGUAUGGUCUGGCUCUGUGGCAGACAAGAAUAAAGCCCUGACUAUAGCCCACAUGACCUGAAAUAGUGUCUUAGGUACUGCAGGAAAUUGGUAGGGAAGGAGAAGAGGGAGCAGGAAGUUUUUGGAAGAGAAAAGUAGAUAAUCUAACGGCAUUACUGACACACAAUGGACUUAAGUACAUUAUCAGCAAGUCAAAAGUCAUCAACUUUCAGGACAUUAUAAAGCUGGCUUGCCAAGCAGCAAAAACUAUAGGUAGAGUCAGGCAUGUGCAACAAUUAUGGCAUAUGGACCCAAAUUUUAUGUACUGUUCUUUUGGCUACCACGAAGACCAGGAAAUUAGACCCCUAUAAAAAAAAAUCAGAUAAGAAGGCCGAUGGCUGAUAGACAUCCGCAAUCUGAAAAAGUAAUUGUUUUGUUAAUGAUAAAUGUGUAAUAAAUCCACAUUCAUGUUUAACAUUUUAGAUUACAUUCCGUAUAUUUAGGAAAUGUUCAGUUACCCUGAAUACAAAUGAAAACUUCUUAAAUACCAACAAGAGCAUAAUGCUUUGUUAGAUGUAAAAUGCAAGCUUUACUUAAAUUUAUAUCAUCUAAGAUUUUCAAUUUUGACUUUAUUUCCUGAUUAAAAUUUAAAAAAAAAACACGGGUCUAAAAAAAAUUGGCUCUAGCGCAACAUCUUUCUAUACUAUGAAAUAUAAAAUAGAAUAAAGAAAAAUCUACACUGCUGACAACAGACUCACACCAACACUGGUGUAUUUUUGUGGUGCCAUCUUAAGGUCAGUGGGGGAAUCGGAACAUGUAUGCUUGAACUGAGCUAAUCUUCUAAGUGUAAUAUUCAUACUUCAAGUGCCAACUAUGAAUUAUUGAAAGUCACUAUCAAACAGUUGCAGACAAUUGGUAGUUGGGCUUGUCGGAAUGGGCAUCUAAGUAUGAACACUGCAUUUUAAAAAGUAGCUCCAUUCAGGUCUAUAAAACACACUCCCAUGUUGGCUGCACAUGGCAGCAUUGAGGCGUAUUAUUUCUUGUUAAAGUACUAGGAAGUCUAUUAGCAAGGCAUAGGUCUGACUAUUAAAAUUAUGGUUCACUCCCUUUAGAUAGACGAGUAUUUUAAAAGCAACUAGCAUCUCAGGACUUUGCUGCCAGCCAUGUAAGAAUUUAUAAACAUGUCUUAGAAGGAAAGCUAGGUCUGCUUUUCUAUAAGGAAUGAUAAUAACUAAACAAAACUUAUGUUUCAUGCCACUUCUUUAAUUAUAAAUCAUGUAAAACAUUUUUUUAUAAUUUGUUAUUGUUGAGCUAUCAGAAGAUUACAGGCUUAAUGGUAUUCAUUCAAAAGCACUAUGGCCAAAUUUUUUGACCAAAAUGCAUCACACAAAAUUCACCACAAUACAGUGACCUCAAGGGUCUGAGGUCGGGGCUUAUCCUGAUGAACAAGAAAAUAGUUUAGGAAACUGUCAAUGAAGUUGUUAAAACUCAUGUCACACAAACAAAAGUUCUCACUGAUCUCCAUGGUUUAGACUCAUUAAGAAUUUUAAACAGAAAUAGUAUUGUGAGAUUUAUGUUAUGUACCUGUUCCUUUAAAGUUAACAUUUUAAACCCUUUGUUAAGCAACAGCAAAUCAGACAUCUAAAAUACCAAUAGAUUAAGACUACAGAACCAAGCUUUGUACUGCACAAAGAGAUUAUAUUUGCAGUAAGAUUUACAAGUCAACCAGAAGGAAGAACUGGGGUAUACAUUAAUGGAUAUAGUUUGAGUGUUAUUGCCUGUACAAUAUCUGCUGCUUUGCAGUACACAAAAGUAAAAUAUGUUGAAAUAAAAUAUUUGUGCUUAUCUGGACUGUACAA